UAAGACCAGCUCUGUGAAGCCCAACCUCUCAGUCGCCUGCCAGAAGAUGGAUCUGCAUCUGUAUUAGGAACCUAUGGAGCAUCUCUGAACGCUGGAAGAAGUCUGCUUCAGGAUCAUAUUUUGAAGGGCCCUAAAAUUACUCCAUCUAUCCAUUCUUAAUAUGUGGGGGCUGGUGUACCCCUACCUACAAUGUCCCGGGACCAAACUAGCAGCUAUUGUUUUCUCCCUUAUGUCCUGAGAAAACCCUUCCCCCAAAUCCCCAUAGGUAGAUGCAAGAUACAACUGCAGCUGGAGAAGUGGGGGUAGCUGUGACCUCUUUGGUAAUCUGAAGGCCACCAGGGCAUCUGCAUACCAGUGGUGCAUUCCUAUCCUUACACAUGGCAGAGAAGGUGAUCCCCCUAACACAGGUCACAACCACUACUGAGGAUGGCCCCUGCCAGCCCCCACAAGACACAACUCUUCUUGCCACCCACCUGAAGAAAGUGGAGAACCACAUCACAGAUGCACGCCGCUUCUCCCAUCUUCCUAAACGGUCUGCUGUGGACAUUGAGUUUAAAGACCUUUCUUACUCUGUGAGAGAGGGAUCAUGCUGGAGAAAAAGAGGAUACAAAACUCUUCUAAAGUGCCUAUCUGGCAUGUUCUGCAGUCGAGAACUUAUUGGGAUAAUGGGGCCAUCUGGUGCUGGAAAAUCUACUCUAAUGAAUAUUCUUGCAGGAUAUAGGGAAAGUGGGAUGACUGGCCAGAUUCUGGUGAAUGGGAAGCAACGAGAACUUCGCACCUUCAGGAAGAUGUCAUGUUACAUCAUGCAGGAUGACAUGCUACUGCCACAUCUUACUGUCAUAGAGGCAAUGAUGGUCUCCACAAACCUCAAACUUAAUGAGAAGAUGGAUGUGAAAAGGAAACUGGUGAAUGAAAUUUUAACAGCACUUGGUCUUCUAGAAUGUUCUGGAACACGCACCAUGUGCCUUUCAGGAGGACAACGGAAACGGCUUGCAAUUGCCUUGGAGCUAGUCAAUAAUCCACCUGUUAUGUUCUUUGAUGAGCCUACUAGUGGUCUGGACAGCGCUUCCUGCUUCCAAGUGGUUUCUCUGUUAAGUUCACUGGCACAAGGAGGGCGCACCAUAAUUUGCACCGUACACCAACCCAGUGCAAAACUCUUUGAGAUGUUUGACAAGCUGUAUAUUCUCAGUCAGGGGCAAUGUAUAUAUCGAGGCUCUGUAACUCACCUCAUUCCAUAUCUAAAAGGACUAGGACUACAUUGUCCAACUUACCACAACCCCGCUGACUUCAUUAUUGAGCUGGCCUCAGGGGAAUAUGGAGAUCUGAAUCCAGUGUUGUUCCGUGCUGUUGAAGAUGGGCUGUGUCCCAUUAGUAGAGAGAAGAACCUGCCUGCCAAAACAGAGUUUGACCUAUGCCCCAAUGAAGUUUCUGGUCAUGUAGAGAGCAACACUUUUGCCACCAGCUCGAUGAACCAGUUCUGCAUCCUCUUCAAACGAACAUUCCUCUCAAUAUUACGAGACACGGUCCUGACCCACCUGCGUUUCAUGUCUCACCUAUGUAUCGGUGUUCUUAUCGGGCUGCUGUACCUGCACAUUGGAGAUGAUGCCAGCAAAGUGUUCAAUAACACUGGCUUCCUGUUCUUCUCCAUGCUCUUUCUCAUGUUUGCAGCCCUCAUGCCCACUGUCCUGACUUUUCCACUGGAAAUGUCAGUCUUCAUUAGAGAACACCUGAAUUACUGGUACAGCUUGAAGGCAUAUUAUCUGGCCAAGACCAUGGCAGAUAUUCCUUUUCAGGUAAUUUGUCCUAUGGCAUACUGUAGCAUUGUAUACUGGAUGACGGGUCAACCUCCUGAAGCUAUACGUUUUCUUCUUUUCUCUGCUCUUGCAACGUCAACUGCCCUUGUAGCUCAAUCACUGGGACUCCUCAUCGGAGCUGCAUCAAACUCCUUACAAGUUGCAACUUUCGUUGGCCCGGUCACUGCAAUCCCUGUCUUACUCUUCUCAGGCUUUUUUGUCAGCUUUAAAACUAUCCCAACGUAUCUACAAUGGAGCUCCUACAUCUCGUAUGUCAGAUACGGCUUUGAAGGAGUGAUUCUUGCAAUCUAUGGCAUGGACCGUGCUCCCUUACAAUGCCGGGAGCCACCCUGUACUUUCCUUCUACCCCAACAAGUACUACAAGAGCUUGACGUAGAAGAAGCCAAACUGUAUGUGGACUUUUUGGUGCUUGGAGGAUUUUUCAUUGGACUACGCCUACUUGCAUACCUUGUAUUGCGCUAUCGUGUCAAAUCUGAGAGGUAGAGUCUGAAAAAAGAAGGCACUGCGUAUUAGAGAUGUAACUGCAAAACGUAUUACAAACUGUACUGAUGGAGGUAAAACCUAGAUAUAAAUCCCACAAGAAAUCAUCAAGAAGAGGUCCACAUCCUUGAGUGUCAGAUUCUGCUUUGUUUCAUCUAAUUACUUUAUUUUAGUUAUUUUUAUCCUUUAUGUCUAAAUUUCUAUCGUGGUCGUUUUUUUCAUCUUUAUUUUCGUCCUCUCAAUUCCCUUCUUCAAUUUCCUUCAAGGUAUUUAUACACCACUCAUACUUUCUAUAAUUUGCUAUUUUUUUCUUACUCUAUCUUCUAUCUUUGCAUACAUAAUCCCAGAACAAUGCAAUUUCUCACCAAUGGAUGUUAUAAGUUAAAAAGCCCCAAAAUGUUCCUGCUUCUAUAUUGUAUCUGCUAAAAACAUUUAAAAUGUACGUCAAUGUGGACCAGAGCUAUGUUGCCAAGGGAUGCAGGAAAGCUAAUUCUACUAACCAUCGGAUAUUUUCUUUCAAGAGUGCAUUGUACACACAGGGGAGUAUGGUAUUCUACAGGAAAAAAGCCUUUCCUAUAGAACUUCCAGUAUAACUUUUGAGAAGUGGAGCACGUGGAAAUACAGUACUUGAAUAAUUCAUCCAGUAUUGAAGCCAGAUCCAUCCAAAUAUUUGAUGGAACAUACAGAUGUUUAUUUCACAGUUUCACUCAAGAAAUUACAAAAGCUCCCCUUAAUAUUGCUGCUAAUGUUGGGCAUCAAAUCCUUGCACCCUUGCUAGGAAUGACUGCUGCCCCGCCCCAGAGGAGCUCUAGCUAAGCUACAACUUUUGCUCAAGCCAUAUUUAAAUGUUAAAGCAUUUCAAAGUUACUAGUUGUCUUCUCGUUAGUUGAUAAAACAGGGUGUUAUUUAUUAUUUUCUUUGCAAAUGCUUCCAUUUUUCUAGAUUUACCACUGCACUGAUGUCAGAUGCCUGCCUGCCGUUCAUAGUUGUGUUUUAUUUUUAUUUUGCCUGUUGGUGUGAAUUAGCUCCCUUGAUGGGAGAAAAAUAUGUUUUGACUAUAAGAAAGUAGUUAGAGAUAUAGCAAUUCGUCUCAAAUAUUAAAGAGGAAAAAAAUAUAUUUUACAAAUGCUAAAGCAUGAGUUCAAGCAUAUCACUGGUGCUGUGAGAGAGAAUGCUUUUUAUUGUAGGUUUUUGCAUCCCCAUUCAUCCAUUUUGUGAUGGGAACAAUAGUACCACUAUAGGGAGACAGUUGAUUUUCAUAGUACCUGAGAAAAAGAAACGGGUGGUCAUAUAAACAGAUAAUUUUAUCGACAGUGAAGGAGAACACUGCUGUACUGAACAUCUGUUGCACCCUAUCUUUAAAACAAGUAGACAUCCCGAAGCGUCCCUUAUGCCAUCUUGUGGAUGCGUUGUCUUGUCAACUGAAUAAGGAGUUGAGGGGGAGGAAACAAGAGGCUUCAUUCAUAUUUAGGCCUCAAAACCACUUGCCUCCUCCACAGCUUAAACAGGAUUAAAAAUGUUUCAAUAUAUUAAAUAAAACUAUAC